AUGCACGCCAAGGCUAUCACCCCCCUCUUUCUGCUCGCAGCAGGAGCUGUUCUCGCGGCCCCUGCUGCGAGACAGGAAACUUCCGAUGAAUACGACUACAUAGUCGUCGGAAGCGGCCCGGGAGGAGGCCCCCUCGCCGUAAAUCUCGCCAAGGCCGGCCAUUCCGUACUUCUCCUCGAAGCGGGAGACACCAGCGCCGGAGGAUCAAGCCAAUAUCCACCCGAAAUCACCUGGGAUUUCUUCGUCAAACAUUUCGAAGAUGAUGAGAAGAAUAAAGCCAACGACUACGGUGUCUGGAAGACAGUCGAGGGAAGGUAUUGGGUUGGAAAGGACAACCCUCCGGAAGGAGCCGAAUUCUUGGGCAUCUACUACCCUAGAGGUGCCACUGUUGGAGGAUCAUCCAUGAUCAACGCCAUGGCGACGUGGCUUCCGACGGACAGCGAUUGGAACUAUGUCGUUGAGGUCACUGGCGACGAAUCCUGGAAAGCUGAAAAUAUGCGGGAAAUCUUUACGCGUAUCGAGAAGAACAAUUAUCUUCCAGAGGGAACCCCAGGCCACGGUUUUGAUGGAUGGUUCCAGACCAUGAUGACCAGUGGAUUCGGUCCUCCAGGCAGCGGAGGCGAUGGUCCAGCUAACCCCGUCACGGAGUCUAUGGCCUCGGAGCUGGGUCUCGAUCCGGCUGACGUUCCCGAGCUCGUAUCCUCCGACCCCAAUGCUCUAGAUCCCGAUCGCGAUACCACUCAAGGUAUUUACGGCCUGCCGAGGCACCAGCGAGCUAACGGCCAGCGCUACAGCUCUCGCCACUAUAUCCUCGAAUCUAUCGAAGAGGGUAUCCCCUUGACGUUGUCCGUCAAUUCUCUUGCCACCAAGGUUCUUUUCGAGACCAGCGAAUCGGAGGAAGCGAAGCCUAAGGCUAUUGGAGUCGAGUAUCUCGAGGGCAAGGCCAUCUACGGAGCAGACCCGCGGCGAGGCCCCGAUUCCGAAGGCACCAAGAAGACGGCCACUGCCCGUCGAGAGGUUAUCAUCUCAGGGGGAACCUUCAACACCCCUCAAAUCCUCAUGCUCAGCGGUAUUGGAGACCCAGAACAACUGGAGCAAUUCGACAUCCCGGUCCUCGUCGAGGCGACCGGCGUUGGCACUUCCCUCAUGGACAACCAAGAGAUGCCUGUUGUUGGUCAGGCUUCGGGCACCGUUGGAUUUGGGGACCCCGGUUUCAUAAUGAUCCAGACCGACCAUGCCACGUACGAUGAGCGCGAUAUGUUCCUCAUGCACAAUUCCGGUGGCGUUUUCCGUGGCUUCUGGCCAUCGAACCAGACGAAUGAGCUGCCCUCAGAAGUCCCUCGUGUUUACAGUACCUCUAUGGUCAAGCAGCAUCCCCUCAAUCGAGCCGGCUACGUCCGCCUGCAGUCCGCCGACCCCUUGGACACUCCGGAUAUCAAUUUUAAUCUGUAUGUCGAGGGCAGUGAGACUGACCUUGGUGGUAUGAGGGACAGCAUCGCAUGGGUUCGCAGAGUGUAUGCGAACGUUGCGGCGCCAGCGGGCCCAAUCGAGCCUUUGGAACCCCCUUGCCCCUCCGGCAUCACAGAAGAUGGGCACUGCACGGAUGAGUCGGAGGAUGAUGAGUGGAUCAUCGCGCAUACGUUCGGCCAUCACCCUACUUCUACGGUUCGUAUUGGCGCGGAUGACGACCCGACAGCGGUGCUAGACUCGAAAUUCCGAGUCCGGGGUGUAGAGGGCCUCAGAGUUGUUGAUGCCUCGGUGUUCCCGCGCAUUCCAGGUGUGUUCCCUGUUGUGGCUACCUUUAUCAUCAGCCAGAAGGCGACAGAUACUAUUCUCGAGGAGCUUGCUGCGGAGAUGGAGUAG